AUGGAUAAAUGCUCUAUUUCUACUCUGGAUGUCUGGCUAUGCAGUAUGUUUUCUACCAUUGGCAUGGAGCAGAAUGAUGUGGAUAGGAUCAAAAUCAUUAUAUGUUUUUUCUACUGGCACAUAUGGAAGGAGAGGUGCAAGGUAGUAAUGGAGCAACGUUCUCCCUCCCAUAGGGACACUAUCCAAAGGUCUUCAAACAAAGCUAAUGAGUUCCUUUCCUCCAUGGAACGUCGCCAAGCAAACCGCAGUCCUAGGCCCCAAAACUUGGUGCAUAAUACGACAUGGCUACGCCCCCUCAGCCGCUUGGUGAAACUAAACAUGGACGCCGCUUGGGACCCAAUCUCUAAGUCUGUAAGUAUUGGAAUGGUGGUGAGGGACCACAAUGGACAGUUUUGGCUGGUAAAUCUCUACUAG